GGGUCCUGCCCAGUGCCCUGAGGGCUCUAGGCCCUGGAAAAGCACUGAGGGGGCCACUGCACUACCAACAGCUCAUGAUGCUCAAUACAGACACCCUCUGCCCUCAGUAGGAGCCUGGAGGGACACAAGAGUCCAGAGGGGAUCGGCAGCCUUUGCCAGGGCCAAUUCCUCCUGUGUCAUCUGCACAAUGUGCCACUCCUAAGGCCAUCUUGGCAAACUCCACCCCUAGCCUGGGUCCUGGACACACCCAUCUCCAGGCCCUGCUCUCUAUGAUGCGCACCCCUAGCAGCAGGUUCUGUGACACGUGCCCAUUCUGUGACCACUAAGGUUCUGCAGAUGUGGCAUUUUGGCCUUAGCCCUUCGGAGCGAUAGCAGCCAAAAGUGCUUUGGGAAGUCUUCAUAGUAUAGAGACUCACCAGCUUCUUUUCAAACACUUUGGGGAGCAAAUUUUGCCCCCCUCACCUGCCCCAGCAAUGGGGGCUGACCACCGACCUAAGGGGCCCCCAGGCCCAGGUCGGGGUCACACUCCCGCCUCUGGCCCUGGACCAGUUGGUCCACGGGCAAAAUACCAUAGGUCUUACAGACCAAAAGUCAGACAAUCCAGUCUGAUGAUAAGAAAACUCAGGGCCAUCGUGGCACUGCUGACCACUCUCUGCGGGCUUCAGACUCGACAACGCGUGUGCUCCAACAGAGUGAACAUCGGACCUGUACUGAGCACGCCUGAUCCUACCAGACGAACCGGCAAUGGAAGGCGGAGGAAGCAAACCUGCAAAGAAGAAGCCAUGGACACUACUCCUCCAUACACUCCACCUCGGGAGGAGGAGCCCAUGGACACCACGCCCCCAUAUGAGCCACCAGAACUGAUGGACACCACACCGCCAUAUGAGCCACCAGAACUGAUGGACACCACACCGCCAUAUGAGCCACCAGAACUGAUGGACACCACGCCCCCAUAAGAAACAUCUUGGGCGGAUCCACACCUCCCCAUGUUCCACCACGGGAAGAGCCCAGGGAUAUCACACUCCCAACAUUCCACCAUGGGAGGAGCCUAUUGACCCACACCCUCCUGUGCUCCCCCAUGGGAGGAGUCCCUGGACACCACAACCUCCUAAGCUCCACCAAAGGAGGAACCAAUGGAUACCACAAUGCCAUAGGCUCCUCCUCCAGUGUAGUGCCUGGACACCACACCCUCCUACACUCCACCAAGGGAGGAACCAAUGGAUACCACAAUCCCAUAGGCUCCUCCUCCAGAGGAGCCCAUGGACACAACACCAACCUAUACUCCCCCUCCAGAGGAGGCCAUGGACCCUUCAGCCCCUAGUUUCCAGCAUAGUCCAUGGAAAGGUCAACCACGUCUCCUGCCCUCUGUUUUCCUCCUGCUGGUCCCAGGGGCAGUUUUAUGCCUGGCCUUCCCAUCUUUCCUUGCAUCUUCAUACCCAGUUUCCCAGCACCUAUGGAUAUAGACCCUCCCGCGUGACCCUUCCUCCCUCCCCUCCAGGACAUGGCACAACUCUGCUCCCAGGCAGCUCCUUUCAUGGCCUCCAGCUGGCUCCUCACCACACAAGAUUCUUAUUUAAUAUUAAACACCAUACUCGUUCUGUUU